AUGUUAGGCGGUGUACGGCUUAAAGUAUCGUAUACUCACGAAAGAUCUUGUUUUGCUUAUAUCAGUCCAAAGUACAGUACAAACAACGAUCAGACACAAUGUGUACAAGUUAUGAUGAAAGAGAAACAGAUAUAUCUGUGGGUGGUUUUCAGCAGUAACAUUCCUGAAGGUUACAUGGCUUGCAAUCCAAUUUACUGCAGGCUUGUAGGUCUGCAGGAAGGCACAGAAGUUUUUAUAUCACCAUAUAGCAAUGUAAAGGUUUUAGAUGAAAUAUAUAUAGACACUGACAGUCCAGAUGAUCAGGAGAUACUGGAAGAUAAUGUGGAAGUGCUGCAGCUUAGAAUAUUGGAUCAGCUUAGACUAGUAGUGGCAAACCAAAAGGCUAUAGUCUGGAUUUCAACAUCCAUGCCAAUAAUAUUCAUACCAAAGCAAACUGCCGCCAAGUGCCUAAGUGAUACAGAUUUGGUGCUUCCAAAGCCAACUGUGUCAAGAUUAGAGUAUGAUUAUAAAAAUUAUUGUAGAAGUAUGAAAUCUGUCCAACACUUGGUUGAGAGAGUCUUGCUGCAUUUGCAAUUUGAGAUACAUAGAGAAGCUAGUUUCAAAGGUAUUUCAGAGGUUAAGAGCAAUGUACUUAUAACUGGUUUGAGUGGUGCCGGAAAGUCUUCGUUAUGUCACAUCGUUCAGAAGGAGCUAACGGUGUGGUCGCACAUUUUGCAUUGCCGGUCAUUGAAAGGCCGGAAGGACAUUCCCGAAGUGUUGGGCAAGGCGAUACUUAUCUGCCAGGAGCAUAGUCCCUCUGUGCUUAUAUGUGACGACUUGGACGCCUUAGUCCCGCCGAACGUUGAAGGCGCUUCGCCCCAGGAUAUGGCGUAUUACCUAAGGCUUGCUGUAGUGAUCAAGCACUUACUGCAGACUUCCUCUGGAGUGUGUGUGCUGUUGACCGCGAUGAGUAUGAAGUCCCUCCAUCCGACUCUUGGCGAGUUCAACGGGAGGCCCCUCUUCACGGCGCAUUUCGAAAUUCCCGAACUGGAACAGGAGGAAAGGGUGGAACUUCUUAAGCACCUCAUCAACGACAGAAUACGCGCCUCCUUCGAGGUGGACGACGAUGACGUCAUCAAGAUGGCGAUGGCCACCGGCGGCAGCAGCGUCAGAGACGUAACGGACUACCUCAACAGGAGGAUAUUCAAGGCCGUCAAAAAGAAAAAAGCCAACCCCGACGGGCCGAGGCCGCGUCUGAUUGAGGAUAUCGCUAAGGACGAGGAGACCGCCAAAGCCUUCGACAUCUGGGGUCCCGUCGGCGGCAUGGAGGAGGCGAAGCGGGUGCUCACCGAAGCCAUAUUCUGGCCGAUCCUGCACCCGGCGCUGUUCCGCUCUGCGCGCUGCGGCGUGCUGCUGUACGGGCCCCCCGGCUCGGGCAAGUCGCACCUGGGCUCGAGCCUAGCUCGUCUCUCGGGCGUGAGGAUGCUCAGCGUCAAGGGGCCCGAGCUGCUCUCCAAGUACAUCGGCCAGAGCGAGAGGGCCGUCCGCGACAUAUUCGACAAGGCUGAUAUGAAACGACCGUGCAUCUUGUUCUUCGACGAAUUCGACAGCCUCGCGCCCAGGCGGGGCCACGACUCCACCGGGGUGACGGACCGCGUGGUGAACCAGCUGCUGGCGCGGCUCGACGGGGCGGAGGGGGGCGCGCGGGGGCCCGUGGUGGCGGCCACGUCGCGGCCCGACCUGGUGGACCCCGCGCUGCUGAGGCCGGGCCGGCUGCAGAGCCACGUCUACUGCGGCCUGCCGGCGCAGCGCGAGCGUCUCGAGAUCCUGAGAAUCCUCUCCAAGGACGUCCCGAUGGACGGGGACGUUGACCUCGAGGGUCUGGCGGAAAGGACGGAGCACUUCUCACCGGCGGACCUCAAGUCGCUGCUGAUCACGGCGCAGCUGGGCCGCUUGGAGAAACAGCUGCAGGUGAGCAGCGAGGAGAAGGAUUUGGAGUCGGUCGUCGUUCAUCGAGAGGACGUGGAGAGCGCCUUGAAAGAGACCAAGCCAUCGCUCUCAAAGGAGCAGCGACUGUUCUACGACACUAUCUACAGGAGGUUCCGGGGUGAAACGCUGUCUCCCGAGCAGAGGCAGGUCUCUAAGCGAAUGUUAAACCAGCGCGUCACAUUGGCU